UGUACCCUUUCUCUCUCAUCAGAUCUGAAGAAAUUGAGAUUUCACUCUUCUCUUCUUCUCAAAUCAACUCUUCAAUGGCGUCUUCUUCUUCUUCUUCUUCUUCCACUAUAUGCUUCAAAUCCACACGCAUCAACUCAGCUCGAUCUACUUCUUCUCCGUCGCGUCUUUUCCCAGUCACCAGCUUCUCCCCUCGAUCUCUCCUUCUCUCCCAGAGACGAUCUCUCUUAUCUUCUUCUAACUCUCGCUUUCGUCUCUCGCCUCUCUACGCCCGUGAUUCUCGAGCAGCUGAAGUUACACAACGAUCAUGGGAAGACUCAGUCCUGCAAAGCGAAACGCCCGUGCUAGUAGAAUUCUACACGAGUUGGUGCGGUCCAUGUCGGAUGGUCCACAGGAUAAUAGACGAAAUAGCUGGGGACUAUGCCGGAAAACUAAACUGCUAUAUCCUGAAUGCAGACAGUGACUUGUCGGUGGCUGAAGAGUACGAGAUCAAAGCUGUGCCAGUAGUUCUGGUCUUCAAGAACGGGGAGAAACGAGAGUCAAUCAUGGGUACAAUGCCUAAAGAGUUUUACAUUUCCGCCAUCGAAAGAGUCUUGAACUCAUGAAGAAGGUAACAUCGUUGAUGUAGAAACUCUUCACUACCACUUUGAUCCAAAGAUAUUGUUGGGAGAUUGAAAAAUCGCUCCGUUUCGAUAUGAUUAAUAUCUCAUUGAGACUCUUAUCUUUUGUUUGUUUCUUCUUUUAUACUCUGUGAAAUGUGAAUAUAACUGUUGGGUUUGUGGAAAGAUGAAUCAAGAACAAGAACUAUUGUGAAUACAUAUAUCUUCCUUCUUCUGUUGAUGA